CUCUCUCUCUCUCUCUCUCUCCCUCUUUCUUUCUGCACACGGGUGCGGUGGAGUCAUAAAAACUUGUGCGCACCAGCAGCAGAUGUAAUGCAGUACCAUCAGAAAGCUCAGUGGAGAUCCAUUCCUGACAUGGAAGAAACACAAUGGUAUAAUGACUGCGCUGCGUUUAUUGUUUGUUCUGAAACGGGAUCUGCGGUGUGCUAAUUAACCAAAACCUCAUUAAAGUCUCACUGGGAUCAGACUUUUUGCGCGCGCGGAUCCUCGAGUGCGUGUUUUUCUUGGAUAAAAUACGCGGUGCGGAAGAGACUCGGGACUGUGAGAAACUGAGAGAUGAUUUUCUUUUCUCAUGUGAAUCUUCCAUGCAUCUGAUGAAGAAGACGGACGAGUGCAGGGUUUCAGCGGAUUUGUUCUGAUUCUUUUUGAUUUUUUUAACGCGCAUUUUGGACACGUUUCGUUUAGAAGUCUUCAGACUUGUUUUUUUUUUUUUUUGUAGAAUCAUCUGCAUGUGCUUCAUUAUGAUCAUCUUACGAGGAAGCUCUGCGUGAAGAUCCUGCAAAGACAAUUUCAUAGCAAAACACUGGAUUUGUUUUUUUAAAGACAGACACCAGGAGAGACUCGUUUGAACAUCAAACCGCUUCAACUGCACUUUUAUACAGCGUGAAAAUGAUUUAGAGAUCUUUAAAGUCUUAUAAGAAUGAUUGUGGAGAUGCAUCUUCUCGUGAUUUUAUAAUAGUGGGUUUUUUUUGACGUUUGUAAUGUACAGUGAUUUUUAUUCUCGGAGCGCAUCAUGACCAAAGCGGACCCUGAACUUUUCUGGAAGGGAUCUCCUGGGCAUUUUCUCAUGUAGGUCAAUCAAACACUUUUUCUUUGCGCAAAAAAAGACCCACGGCGAUGUGUGAGCAGGAGGUCGGGGGUGUUUGCGCACGGACUCGGGGACAGUGUGAGAUGCUGAGCCCUGUUCUGUUCUCGGUGGGAACAUGAUGGCAUGCCGAGGGUGGUGCUGCUGUUUGGGUUUGGGCUCUACGAGCGAGGACACGGCGCGCUUUGCCAUGCUAGCGCUGCUCAUCCUGGUGUACCUGGUGUGCGGCGCCGCCGUGUUCUCCGCGCUGGAGUGGCCGGAGGAGGAGCAGGCCAAGGGCCGCUGGGCGCGCAGCUUCGACCUCUUCAGCCGCAAGCACAACGUCAGCCGCAGGGAGCUCGAGGGGUUCCUCAGGGCGUACGAGGAGGCCACUGGUGCUGGAAUCCGUGUGGACAGACCCAGAGCUCGCUGGGAUUUCCAAGGAGCUUUCUACUUCGUUGGCACUGUAGUGUCCACUAUCGGGUUUGGAAUGACCACGCCGGCCACAGUGGGAGGCAAAAUCUUCCUGAUUUUUUAUGGACUAAUUGGGUGUGCAGCUACGAUCCUGUUUUUCAACCUGUUUUUGGAGAGAAUUAUAACCGUACUGGCGUUCGUGCUGAAGUCGUGCCACGAAGCCCAACAUCGUAGGAAAGGUGUGCUACCUCAUGACAGCAGGCACGAGGCGAGGCACGCGAGGCAGCACGGUGAGGACAGUCUGGCGGGAUGGAAGCCGUCUGUGUACUGCGUGAUGCUCAUUCUCUGUGUCGCAGCCAUCAUUAUAUCGUGCUGCGCAUCUGCCAUGUACUCCUCAAUGGAGGGCUGGGGGUAUGUAGACUCUCUGUACUUCUGCUUCGUAGCAUUCAGCACUAUCGGCUUCGGGGACAUGGUGAGCGGCCAGAGUGCCGCUUACGACAACCAGACUCUGUACAGCUUGGGCAAUUUUUUCUUCAUCCUCCUGGGUGCUUGUUGUAUUUACUCGCUCUUCAAUGUAAUAUCCAUCGUCAUCAAGCAGGUUCUUAACUGGCUUCUGAAGAAGCUCAAGAUGCCAUGUCGCCACUGCCCGGGAAGGAACCUGCGUCCCGGAAGGAACACUAUAAUGCCCAGUCACUUUCGCACCCGAGUCCGGAACAUCUCCAUUGAUACAGACGCGGUUAACGAUAGCGAAACAGACGGCCGCAGGAUGUCCGGGGAGAUGAUCUCCAUGAGAGAUUUUCUAGCUGCCAAUAAGGUCAACUUGGCCAUCAUGCAGAAACAGCUGUCCGAGACCGCCAAUGGAUAUCCCCGUCCUCCAGGCUCCAUGAGCCGACAUGAUGAAUUCUCCGGAGGAGUUGGAGCGCUUGGAAUCAUGAACAACAGACUAGCGGAGACAAGUGUAGACCGAUAAACUUCCCUAAUGACAAAAAUAAAUAAAUCUGAGGCCACGCCGUACCCAUUUGCUCAGCUUUGAAUAUACAAGUACAUAACAUUCCUGCUUCUAUCUUAAUCUCGAUGUCUGCUACAUUAAGCGGUACAUAAGCUCAGGUGUCUGUUUAGAAGAUCUUUAAAGCCUAUUAAACGCUUUGCUGUAUCAGAAAGUUGUUUAGAAACAAUGUCCUGCCUUUUAUGCAAAAUAGGCUACAUAAUAUUUGCAAUCUAGUCUUAUAAAAUCUUAAUAAAUCCUAAUCUUAUUUAUUCUAAUGA